GGAAUAAUUGGUGUCGUCGACGAUGGGGCGGCCACCGUGCUGCGACAAGGAGGGCGUGAAGAAGGGGCCGUGGACGCCGGAGGAGGACAUCGUGCUCGUCUCCUACGUCCAGGAGCAUGGCCCGGGCAACUGGCGCGCCGUGCCGGCGAGGACGGGGCUGCUCCGCUGCAGCAAGAGCUGCCGCCUGCGCUGGACGAACUACCUCCGCCCCGGGAUCCGACGCGGCGGCUUCUCCGACCACGAGGAGAGGCUCAUCGUCCACCUCCAGGCGCUGCUCGGCAACCGCUGGGCCGCCAUCGCCUCCUACCUCCCCGACCGCACCGACAACGACAUCAAGAACUUCUGGAACACCCACCUCAAGAAGAAGCUCCUCCUCGCCCACACCACCACCCCUACCCCCACCGCUCACGCCGGCCGCUCCUCCUCCUCCUCCGCGCCGGCGCCGCUCGUCGCCAAGGACCAGUGGGAGCGCAAGCUGCAGACCGACAUCGGCCUCGCCAGGCGCGCCCUGCGCGAGGCCCUCUCCGUCGACGGCGCAUCUGCCGCCGCCACCGUUCCCCAGCCAACCACGCGGACCGACAGCCGCACCGGCGCCGCCGACAAAUCCUGUAGUCCGGCGUCCGGCGCCGGGUCCGCGGCGUACGCUCUGACCGCGCGAAACAUCUCCAUGAUGCUGAGCGGGUGGGCGCCGGGGAAAGGAGCCACCGUCGUCGCCGGCGCCAACCCAGCCACGCCGAGCGCGUCGACGGGGACGUCGUCGGAGCUCACCGACUGCUCGGCCGCCUCCAGCGCGCCCAAGUCCAAUCCGGUCCUCGGGCCGUCGUCGUCGUCGUCGCCCAUGCUCGCGUGUGACAGCGACGCGACGGCGACGGCGACGGCCGGGGUGGCGCGGCUGUCGGCGAUCGAGUCGUGGCUGCUGCUCGACGACAGCAGCGAGCCGCAGCUGGCACUGGACGAGCAGCUGCUUGACGUAGCCCUCCAUAAUUACGCUUUCUAAUUAAUUAAUACUU